AUGGGGAAUGGGAAGAACACUCCGAGCGCAUUCGUGGCAAAGAACCCCCACGCCCCUGAUGCGAUGCAGUCCCAAAGAUCGUCAACCUCGUCGCCGCCCAACUCACCCAACAAUCCCUUAGGACUAGGAUCCAUUCCGAACAAAAUCUUCGACAUCCAUGCUGCCGCCAUGAGUCUGCAGGUGUUGAGACGCACAAGUGUUUGCGUACUGGUCUACACCGGAGGCCUGGAUGCUGCAGCGGAUGUCAGCUGGUGGCCUUUGAUGAUUAAUGAGAAGCUACCCCCAUCCUUUGUCCAGGGCGGCCACCCCACGCUCCGUCAACUCGCAGCGCGAUCCGCCCAACCGGUCAACUGGUCUGGCCGCCUUCUUCUCAUCGCGCCGCCUCUUGGCACGAUCAGGGUCCACGUCCAGCGCAUUUCCAGCUUAUUCUCCGCCUUCACACCCUCAUGGUUGUCAUACGACAGGGCUGGGCCUGGAAUCACGCCCGUGGAGGCAGUUCUGAGGCUUGAAAAAUUGUCCGAGGAGGCUCGCAAGAUCCCAUUUGGGGCCCGCGACGAGCUCCGGGCUCGCCUCGACGUUCGCCUCGGUGUCGUCGCCAGGCAGGUGGUUGGGGCAUGCUGCGGCCUCUUCUCUAAGUACCACCCCUGA